AUGAACCGGUCACCCCAGACUUCUUUGAGCGCAUUGAAUGGUGGACCACCGCCGCGCAUGUUCUCGGUCGAUCGAAUGGGCGCAUCCUCUCACUCCCCGCCCGUUGUCCCAGCACAUGUCAAUCCUCGUGGGCCUACCCCGCCCACUCGUCCAGAGGACACACCACCUUCUGUCAUGGCGAGUGUGAGCCGCCACUCAGGUGCGAAUGGCACAAGCGCUGGAUCUGGAGCAAGUGCGAGCCCGUCAGUGAAAAACCUUAUAUCCUAA